AUGUCAUUUCGGUCUGGAAACCCUUCUUGUUACUCUAAAACCUUUACUCCUGAUCCUUUCCAGGGCUCUGGUCCAACUGCUCAAAGGAGUUCAAAAGUUGUUUCAAGUCAUAUGAAUAAGAGUUGUGAAAUAGGCUUGAAUACAGUCAAGCAUGCUUCAACUCGCUGGAAUAGAUCAGUGAGACCAAGAGUUUCAGGGAGACCUGGAGACCAAUCCUCCAACCAUAGAGAAAACUUCUGUUGUAAGCCGAGAAGAGCCACUACAAGACUAAAAACAACAGGUGGUUGGUUUCAAAAGAACAUUGAGACCCAGCAGAGAUCAGACUUGAGUAGUUCCGCCUGAGACUACUCUUCAGUGUAUCUGAACGACCAUAUGACUUGUGAAGCCAAUAAAGCCAAGAAGGUCAACCUCAAGUACCAAGUCGAGAAAUCAUUCCUCAUAUGUCGUCUUUGAUCAGUCGGGCUCUAAU